ACAGUUGUGCGACAUGCCUUGACAUUAAGUUGAAUAUCUAAAAUUAGUCCCUGUAUAAUCAGUAGCUGAGAACAAGGUUUCAGUAGUUUGUGGCAUGUGUCAAAACGACAUUGCAAGAUUGGAAGGAACUCUGCCUAGAAAUAAAGUUUAUAAAAACCAAUUCACAAAAAUGGCAUCCUGGUUAUAUGAAUGUCUUUGUGAAGCUGAACUUUCACAGUAUUAUCCUCAUUUUACUGCUCUUGGCCUUCAGAAAGUAGAUGAAUUAGCCAAGAUUACAAUGAAGGACUACACCAAAUUGGGAGUUCGUGACAUGAAUGACCGCAAACGUCUCUUCCAACUUAUCAAAAUCAUUAAGAUUAUGCAGGAAAAAGAUAAAGCAGCCAUUAGCCCAAAGAAUUCCCUUCAGACAAACAGCCUGUAUACCAAACCCUAUGAAUUCAAAUCUGGCCCUCGCAGACAAUUAAAUUUUGAUUCUCCUACUAACAAGGAAAGCAGAACUCCCAGCAGUAUUGGUUUUGAAACGUGCAGUUUGUCAAAUUUCCCUACAACUGAACAGAAGUAUACUCAUCUAAAAGUUCUGGAACACAUGUUGCCAGGUGAUUCGCAGUACCAUACAAAAACAAGAACUCUGAACGCCACAACUGCUGAUUCCUAUGUGCAAACAAAAAUCAACUCUUCAUUCUCCUCAUCAAAUCCCUUUUCUCCAAUAUUGGGAGAUUGUGACAUUCCUGUUAUUCAAAGAGUCUGUCGUGAAUCAGGAUAUAACUAUGGAAUUCCUCAUUCCUGUGUCAGACAGAACACCUCAGAGAAAGAGAAAACUUGGACUGAGAUGGAGAAAAUCAGAGUUUGUGUUCGCAAGCGCCCUCUGGCCCUAAGGGAAGUACGUCGUGGAGAAAUUAAUAUCAUUACUGUAGAAGACAAAGAAACUCUACUUGUACAUGAGAAAAAAGAAGCAGUCAAUCUCACACAAUAUAUCCUGCAGCAUGUUUUUUAUUUUGAUGAAGUCUUUGGGGAGGCGUGUACCAACCGGGAUGUCUACAUGAAGACUACUCAUCCACUCAUUCAACACAUCUUUAAUGGAGGCAAUGCCACUUGCUUUGCAUAUGGACAGACAGGUGCUGGAAAGACCUACACCAUGAUAGGAACUCAUGAGAACCCGGGACUUUACGCUCUGGCUGCCAAAGAUAUCUUCAGGCAACUAGAAGUUUCUCAGCCAAGAAGGCACCUCUUUGUGUGGAUCAGUUUCUAUGAAAUCUACUGUGGACAGCUUUAUGAUCUCCUAAAUAAGAGGAAAAGGCUCUUCGCAAGAGAAGAUAGCAAACAUACCGUGCAGAUAGUGGGACUUCGAGAGCUUCAGGUGGAGAGUGUGGGGCUCCUCUUGGAGGUCAUCUUAAAGGGCAGCAAGGAGCGCAGCACUGGGGCCACUGGGGUAAAUGCCGACUCCUCUCGUUCCCAUGCUAUCAUCCAAAUUCAGAUCAAAGAUUCAGCCAAGAGGACAUUUGGCAGGAUCUCGUUUAUUGACUUGGCUGGCAGUGAAAGAGCAGCAGAUGCCAGGGACUCAGACAGGCAGACCAAGAUGGAAGGUGCAGAGAUAAACCAGAGUCUUUUGGCUCUGAAGGAAUGUAUCCGCGCCCUGGAUCAGGAACAUACCCAUACUCCCUUCAGGCAGAGCAAGUUAACUCAGGUACUGAAGGACUCUUUCAUUGGUAAUGCCAAAACCUGCAUGAUCGCCAACAUUUCACCAAGCCAUGUAGCCACUGAACACACCCUGAACACCUUGCGUUACGCCGACCGUGUCAAAGAACUAAAGAAAGGCAUUAAGUGCUACGCUGCAACCCCCAGUCGAAAUCAUUCACCAGGAAACUCCUCUCCAAAAAGAAUUCAGAGCCCCCCUGCAGCCCUGCCAGGGGACAAAUGUUCUCCAAAAAAAGUCAAGCUGGGCCUUCUGCAGUCACUCCCGGUGGCCCCUGGCUCCACAAGAGGGAAGGUCCACCCUCUAGCCAGCCACCCACCCAACAUCCCCUUGGCUUCUGGGCCAAAAGUUCCUGGUAAAAGAGGUGGCUCCAGAGGAAGUCCUCCCCAGGAGUGGGGCAUACAGACUGGCCCUAUGAAAGGAGCCUCUCGGCUUGGACAUCUGGCUAAGAAGAGGGAGGAAGAGUCUGUACCACUGUACUCUGAGAGAAGUCAAAUGGGCAACAAAACUAGCCUGGCGUGGGAAGGCAGGACGCUUUGCCCAGAAGGCCUCGCACAGGUAAAGCUGCCCACCAAGUGCAAGAAGGUGCAGACCGUGCAGCCAGUGCAGAAGCAGCUUAUGUCCCGAGUCGAGCUCUGCUUUGGAAGCACCUACCACUUAGCAGAGGACAGUCAGUGCAGCCAGGAGGCUGUGCCAGCCUGGCCUGCUUCCGGAGCCUGGACAAACAUUCCCCCACACCAGAAGGAAAGAGAGGAACAUUUGCGCUUUUAUCACCAGCAGUUCCAGCAGCCACCUCUCCUCCAGCAGAAGCUCAAUUAUCAGCCACUGGAAAGGUUUCUGUGCCAGUACAGGCCCCCAGGGAAUCAGCUCCCUAAGGAGGGCCCGCUUCCGCUGCAGUGUCACUCCGAGAGCUCAGAGGGAGCCCAGGCAGAGGAGCCGGAUGACAGCGACUUCAGUGAAGAUUCUUUCUCCCAUGUGUCCAGCCAGAGGAGCACAAAGCAGGAGCACGCUGCGGAGAGCAGUGAGGGCUCGUUCUUCCUCCAUCAGAGUCGGAGCCCGGGGCCGGAGGAACUCGUGACUGAGAGACAGCAAGGACUCCUUUUUGGCCCCAAGCCAGAUGCUGAGGAGAAGGCUGGAAGCUGGGUGUGCUCGAGAGGAUCCCAAAGCCACAGAGGAGCAGCACUCAGCCCCAGCCCAGGGAAGGUGUCCGCGGACUGGAGCAGAGAGCACUCCUCCUGCUCGGGGCCUUCUGCAGAGGACAGCCUGGCUGAGAGAACCUCCUGCUCCCAGGCCGAUUUUGUGGUCAGACAAAAUAGAGGAAGUCCACCCUUCGCUUGCAGACAGGAUGCAUUCAGGUGCGGAAUUGCUGGGCAGGCAGUGGACAGCUCACCACCCCCUGGGGAAGAUGCUUUUGCUUUUUCUGUAUCCCCAGACCAAAGAGCCUCAGUCACUUCCCCUCCAAGUGCUGGCAGUGACUACCCAGCUCGCCUAGAUCGGACCGUGAGAAGCAGCAGCCCUUUCCAGGAGUGUUCUGGAGGGCAGUCAGAGACGGGCUCUGAAUACGCUUCUGGCCUAAUGGCUCCACUCACCGUGUCCCUCCUGGAGACCCCAGAAGACAAGACCACCUUUCCCUUGGAGCAGCUGGCCCGGGGUGGGGUCGAGAACACAGGGGUACCAGCUGUGGGCUGCACAGCGUCAUCUGGUGAACAGGAGGCAGCCCUGCCCGUGUCUUCAGCAACCGCCCGCCUGUGGCUGUCCUCGUCUCCUCCUGAUGACAAGCCCAGUGGCAGUCUGCCAGCUCUAUCCCCAUCACCCAUUCGUCAGCACCCACCUGACAGGCUGCCCAUCACAGAGGGCAGCCUGGGAGUGGCCAGCCAGAGCAGAGAGACCGCAUGCUUCUCCCCCCGGGACCACACAGGUAGUGAGUGCUAUGAUGCAGAUGCUGAGAGAGAGUUGGAUGCCUCCUGGCAUCUCCUGGGAAAGCCCUUUUCUACCUUACAUAUUGGGGUGCCCUGUUCUGAACCUGCACAGAAAGGAAGAAAUGAAGCAGCUGAGCAGUACUGGGCCCAGGAGAGAAAGCCACCUGCUGGGCUUGGCUGGCAGGAGCGGGUUCCGUCUGCAGACUCCAUCAACGAGCCUGGCUGCGACAAGGACAUCAUGUGGCUCAAGCGGAGGCCCAUCUCGAGGCACUUCCUGACGCCUGACUCUCCCCUGGUCACCAGCUGCUCUCCCGUGACGGCAGGGACACUCCACCAGUCCACUGUGGAGCAAGCACAGCAGGUGGUCAUUCAGGCACACCAGGAACAGCUGGAUGAAAUGGCCGAGCUGGGACUCAAGGAGGAGACCCUGAUGAGCCAGCUAGCAACUAAUGAUUUUGAAGAUUUUGUGACCCGGUUGGAUGAAAUCAUGGCCCUGAAGUCCAAGUGCAUCCAGAGUCUGAGGAGCCAGCUGCAGCUGUACCUUGCCUGCCACAGGCCAGCUGCAGCACCAGAGAGGACAGUGGCGUCUUAA